UUUUUUCGCGUAUAUCUCGACUUGGGGGGAAAGAUGAAAACCAGGAUCAUUGGUGGCAACUGGUACACACUGAUCAGCAGAGACGAUUUCUCCCGUUGGACGCGUGUAUUCUUCUUGAAGCACAAGUCUGACGCAGCGGUUGGGUUUGAAAAGUUCCUGGGGGACGACCGAACGAAAGGGGUUCCGUGUGAGGUUUAUAUCGCAGGUACCAGCGGUGGCGGCAAGUUCCAGGGGCAGUUUGCGGAAGUUUGCCGCAGACACGGCAUCAAACAAGAGUUCACCCCCCCUCACACCCCAAAAUACAACGGUGUAGCGGAGAGAGCGCUAGGGUUGAUCACUGAUGCCGCGCUUGCGUCGCGCAUCCUAGCGACGCAACUGUUCCCCGACGCACCGAACCACCCCGGGUUGUGGGCCGAGGCCAUUUCGUGUGCAUGCCAUCAGCUGAACUGCACCGCCAAUAAAUCAAACGAGGGACACAAAUCCGCCGACGAGAUGUUCCACGACUCCCCACCGCCUGUCGGGUCUACAUACCCGUUUCUCAAACCAGCCGUGUUCAAGUCAAGAAGAAAAGUAAAGUCGCAACCCAAGGGUGAAAAAGGAUGGUACGUUGGUCCUGCCCACAAUCACCCCCAUGACGAGGAGGGCGGGGAGGGCGAGAGCAGAGCGGAUGCAUCACGCCAAGGUUGGGGGGGGGAGAGAGACUCAGAGAGUGAGUCCGACCUCGACGUGAUGGAGGCUCGUGGGCCAGGGGACGGCGGUAGCGGUGGUGAUCCCGGCGACUCCGAGAACCUCGGGGAGUUGAAGUAUGAUCCAGCCGACGACCGUUACCCCCGCGGGCUAGAAGGGAAGAAACUCCUCUGGGGCGCCACGAACGCUGGCCCGCUGCGCCAUGGGCUUGAGAGUGGCCGCACGCAGAAGCAGACCCGGGAGAUGCAAGGUGCCGGGGAGAUGCCGGGGCCCGGAGAAACACCGGACCCGGAAGAGGCAUUGCUGGCGACCAUCCUGGAAACUGGCGGGACGGGGAUUGUUGAGGACUACAUCUGCAACUCGCUUGUGAAGGAGCAGUGGGACGAGGAGCAGACACGCCGUAUGGAGGAGAUGUACAGGCGCGAGAUGCAGGAGGUGUUGGGCCCGGAACAGCAGGCGUUCGGGGCCGAGGUCGACGCCAGCGGGUCUUCGCAACCACUCCCAGACCCACAGCUAAGUAUGACCUCGCCAAUCGGGCAGAAGCCGAGUGAUGUGGAAGCAGUACCGAUGACGUACAAGGAUUUGAUAUGUUCCAAGUACAAGGUUUUUUGGGAGACGGUCAUGAAGAAAGAGAUAGAUGGCCACGACAAGACAGGAACCUUAACCAAGGUCAAGGAGCUGCCCGAGGGGCGGAAGGCCAUAGGUUCAAAGUAGGUGUUCUCUUGGAAGACGAAUGAGAAGGGCCUGAUAGUCGACUUCAAGGCCCGUAUGGUUGCACGGGGUUUCCCUCAAAUCCCCGGCAUCGACUUCCACCACUCAUCCUCAGCGUGCCCGACUGCCGCGUCUUUCAAGACGGUGAUUGCCGUAGCCACUGAAAAGGGCAAGAAACUCGCUCACUGGGAUGUGAAACCAGCGUACAUCCACGCUAAGCUAAAAGAAGAAAUACACCUCAGAUUCCCGGAAGGCUGUGGUAGCAUGUCCGGCAAAGGUUGCGUGUGCCCUGCAUGUCCUAAAGCAGAGUGGUCGAGAGUGGGGGGUUGAAGCUGCCGAUGCCCUCAUCGAGAAUGGAUACGAGCAGUGCAGGGUUGACCCAUGUGUCAUCCGGAAGGUGGUGGAUGGAGAGGUCCUAGGUCUCAUCGUGACCUACGUUGAUGACAUCUUAGUGGCGGCAGACAGUGAGCGAGAGGAGGUGUUCGCUUCCCUCAACAAGAAGUUUCCGGUGAAAGAUCUGAGGGAGUGUACCUGGUACGACGGGUGUGCUAUCGCCAUGGAUGUAGAAAAUGGCAUCACCAAGCUGUCCCAGACAGCAUACAUUGAGAGUAUGCUGAAGCGGUUUGAUGUGACCACUACCGCUUUCACCCCUGCUGCCACCGAUGCCGACCUAGGGCCGAAGAGAGAUGACGAGCCCGCGGUGGAUAAGCCUGUGAGGGAGGCGAUCGGAUGCCUGAUGUGGACGAAGCUGACGAGGCCAGACAUCGCCCUGCCUCUGAACAAGCUCCAGAAGAUCGACCACUCACCCACCGGGAGGAUAUGUAACGCGCUUGUGCGGAUCAUGUCCUACCUGAACUUCACGAAGGACUUCGGUAUCACUUACGUACGGGGGUCAGGACCUCAGCGUGUUUGUCGAUGCCAGCUACGCUGGCAACGAAGUAGACAGGCGUUCAACGACCGGGCUAGCUGGCGUGAAAGACGCGUUGUUUAUGCGUGGCGUUCUGUCGUUCAUAGCGCCCGAAACGAGUGGGGCGAAGAUCAAGGUAAUUGAGGAC